UGGGUCUUAGUUCGCAAUGUAAACAGAAAGAGGCAUUCUGUUGCUGAGAACGUGAACUGCGUUUUAGCGGGAAAAGCCUAGAGUAUAAGUCGAUUCUUUCAAAUAAGUAAUUUUUAAAAAAUAAACAUGUCUCACUCUGUCACUGUUACAAGAACUACUACAACUUCAAGUGCUACUGCAAUUAUUUUGAAUACAGGACUUCUAAAGACAGCAAGUGGUGCUUUAAAAUUGUUCGAAACGAUAAUUGGAGCAAUAUGCUUGGGUCUGAUAGCCUAUUACUCUACUGACAAGGGUGGGACUUGCUUGAACGCCGAGUUCGUUUUCUUCUUCCUGGUGACAUUUGCCUUUUUGGUGACCACUUUUCUCCUUCUCAUCUCUGCACUAGUGUCUCUCAUGUCUGCCACUAUAAUACACAAGACGCUUUUUGAGUUCCUGUACCAUGUGUUUGCCUUCAUCUUUUACAUCUCUGCCAGUCUCGCACUGCUCAUAUACAUACAGAAAGUCAACAGAUAUAUUGCGACAUCACAUUACAAUGGAAUAAUGGCUGCUUCCAUUCUGGGCCUUGCCAAUUCUGUGUUGUAUUUUCUGAGCGCGUUUUUCUCUUUCCGGACCUACAGAACGGGUUAAUGUUUCACAUCAAUUGGCUACUUUCACAGAAAUUUCGAUGUUUUGAAGCGAAGUUCUUUGGUAUUUCAAAAAGAAUCAUCCAGUAUGUGAAAUCUAAAUAAUUGUAGCAGACACACGCAUAUAGUGCCAUAAAAAGUGCCUUAUAUAGUGCCUUAACUAUAUAGUGCCUUAACCAUAUAGUGCCUUAACUAUAUAGUGCCUUAAUAACUUUAAAAAAAAAUCGGAAUUACAGUGUUCUGUUAAUUCUGGUAGCUAUGACCUUCAAGCAUAAAGAAUAUGACCUUGAUCUCACUUUUUUUUUUUUUUUUUUUUUUUUUAACUUUUGUUUUGGACUUAUUGGUAAAAGGUUCCCCACUUUGGGUAUCUUUUUAUGAUUACUGUUAUUAGUCUAUUUUGGUAUUUAUUGUCGUCAUUCUCUUCGUUAUUUGAAGAAUUGGUAUUAGUAAAAACUUCAAUUGCUUUUUCUUAAUUUAGUUAUUACGUUGCAAAUUUGCAAUUGGACCUAAUAUAAUUUUUUUUUCCUUAGUUCAAAUCAAUUGUUUUCUUUUAAUAUGUUUAUAAUGUUGCAAAUUUGCAGUUAGAACUGAUACAAUUUUCAUUUUGCCUAAAUUCAAGUAAAUUGUUUUUUGUUAAUAUGCUUAUUAUGUUGCAAAUUUGCAGUUAGAACUGAUGUAAUUUUCAUUUUGUCUAAAUCCAAAUCAAAUUAAUGGCACUGCCUGUUAAGGAAUUCUCAAAAGUUUUGCCACUGAAUCUUGAAUAAAAGAAUAAUUUUUAUUUCGCCUAAACUCAAAUGGAAUAAAAAAUAAUUCUGCCCGUUGCUGAACUCUUAGUAGUUGCAAAUUUGUUUGGAAUUGUUAAUUUAAAUUGUAAUAAUAAUAUUUUUAUUCCGUGCCAAAUUAAUAAAUAAAAAAAAAGCUCAAAAUUUUAACUAAAAAUAUAUAUUUCAAGUGUCUAUUCUAAGAAAAUGAAAAAAAUCAGGUUAAAUUUGACUUAUCAAUUAAGAUGGUCGAUAAAAAGUUUGCUGUAAUUAUUCACAACUGGAUAUUCUUUUGUACUUACUUAUCAUGUAAAGAUGUCGUCUUUUAUUUUGCUGCAAUUUAUAACAUAAUGUUUUUGUUGCCUUUACUUGUUAUAUUCUGCCGACAUACUGAGCUUGAUGCUUAUUUUUGUUUUUAACUUUGAUAAUUUGUUAUUGAUUUAUUUUUUAUUUCUUUGUAUGUGCUUUUAGAUUUUAAUGUUGAAUCAAAUGUGUACUAUCAAUUAGAAAUAUACUUUUGUAAAGAAACUUUUUUACAGUGCAAUUGAAGACUAAUUUGUUAAAAAAAAUUUAAAAUCACCUAACACAAGAUUACAAAUAUAUAAAAAGGAAAAUUUUUUCAAAUGAGGAAAUAGUGUAAUGUCAAAUGAUGUAAAUAUAUAAAAAGGGGAAUUUUUCAAAUGAUUUAUUGCUACAGAAUUCAUAUUUUAGAGGAGAAAAAAAGGGAUAGCAAAAAAUUUAUUUUUUAUUUGAUCUAUUUUUCAAAAGUUUUUAUAAAAACCUGUUUUCUCCAGCUGUGCUAUUGAAGUGUUUAUAUGAAAGUUUAUAAAUAUCAUUGCACUAAUGCAUAAAUAAAUAUCAUUUGAUACUUAUUUAAACAUGAAAUUGGGCUUUUAGAAUAACAACUUUUAGUAAAAACUUAGCUUUAUGUAAGUGUCAUUUAAAAAUGUAUACUUUCUAAUUAUAUAUGUUAUUAAAAUAUACAACAACAGAAAAAUACCUAUACAAUAGCUUUCAUGUUUAUUACUGUGAAUGCUAUUCGAAAUACUUCUAUACAUUCGUACAUAAUCUAUAGCUACAUAAUCUAUGAUUCAAAGACUUGAUCCACUACUAGAAGAUAUGUACUAAAAUAAAAAUAAUAUGUAUAUACAUACAUAUUACUUUUAUAUACAUAAAUUGUAAUAUUUUUAAGGUGAUAUGAAAAUAUAUAUUAAAAAAACUAUCUGAAAUUAUUAUGGCUGUUCUCCAAACAUUGCCAUAAACUACUGUCAAGAUUUUACACUAUCAAGAUCAACCAUUAUUAGUGUGGGAGUAGCAAUAUGUUUAAAUUCAGUAUAUUUGGAAACAAAAGUAACAAUUUUCCUGUAAGAUUUGAAAUAAUUUUUUUAUUAUCAUGUUUUUCUACUGUUCAUAUUUUAUUUAUAUUUCAACGUUUACAAGUUCGAAAAAUUGUUUAAUAAAGUUUUACUGACCAA